GGAGUAACAGAUACGAAUCAAAGAGUAUACCAAAAAGAGAAGCCUCAGAAGCACUAUGGAAUUGGAGAGAUAUAGUCAGUAAUGAACUAAGUGACAGUGAAGAAAUAAUAGACAACAUAUCAGAAAAUCUUUUGCCCUUAAAAAGAAGCAGAAGAAAUAUUAGAACAGCACUCAAAAAUCAAGAUUAUUAA